AUGGCCACCGCCCUAUCCCCCAUGUCUUCUGUGGAAAACAAUUUGAGGUGCUGCUGUCCAAGCAACCACAGGACCAGGUGGGGCUUCUUCAUCAAUGGUUCAGGAAAGACAACAAUGCAGUCCCGCCUGUCUACGUACUUCAGGCAAUCACAACCUCUGUUGCCCCACUACAAUGACCUUCGGCCUGACAGUGGGCGGCUGCAGGAAGACAAUGUCAUUUCCUGGCGCUACACAGAGGCUCGACUAUUGCAGCUCCUACGCACUGCGGCCGAGCAGGCUGAGGAAGACGGGGAUAUCACUGCUGAACAAAAACACCAGUUCUUCAAAUCUGGUCAGAGGUUAGCAAUAUCUUGGAUCAGUCAUGUUAGAAUAGGAGCGAGCUAAAAAACCAGUCGUUUUGUUUGCCUUGUGGUGUGUAGACAAGUGUUGCUAGAUCAAGGUGUGUUCUCAUGGUGGCUUUCUAGUUACAUUUCCACUUAAACUACAAUGAAUUCACAAUGACUUGGUAGCUUAUUUGCUUAUUAGCUGUAACUUAUUGUAGAAAAUCCACAUUUGUAGAAUCGAUCAAUCCAUUUUCUGGUGUUCUCCCUCCAUAGUGACGGAGCAUGAGAUCGAAGAGGGUCUGCGAACACCGAAUGGGGACGAGAGCGAGCCCUCCGCCGUCCUCUUUGUGCGGGUGUUGCCCCACCUGCACAAGAAGGACAGCCCUAAGCAGCUGGCCCAGAACAUGGAUGUGACGGCUGAUGGCCUGCUGGAUACCGAGGCCCAGGACUUCUUCUCAGGCCUCAAGUCUCCUCGCCGGGCAUCUUCAACCUGCACUGUGUGGAGCUGAGCAAGGGAGCCAUCGAGCCCAGCCGCAAGGAGCACGCACAGUACCUGGAGAGCCUCUGCGAGCAGCUUGUGUCCCAGACCAAGGCCCGCAUCUCCAGGAGGGUUGAUGCUGCUUCCCCAGUGGCUGGUGCAGUGAGGAUGAAGGGGACAGGAGGAGAUGCAGGGCAGGGGAGGGGCAGGGGGAUGGGGAGGUGGGAGGGGAAGGGGAAGGGGAAGAAGACCGUGGCUGGCUGCUCCAGGAGCUGAGCCACCACAUGGCUCUGAGGGCCAGGAAGGGUUUGGCUGUGUUCCGCGGCCCUGAGGGGCUCCUGGGGAAGAUCUGCCUGGCCAUGUGGGAGCACACCAACGUCCGCCACGCGCCCCUGGUGGUGCAGGUGCUUCCGGGCGUGGGUAAGACGGCGCUGCUCUGCAAGCUGGCUCAGGAGGUGCGUGGCCUCCUGGAUCCCAGGGCCGUGUUGGUGUUAAGGUUUCUGGGGACGUCGGCCGAGAGCUCCGACGUGGACCGCGUCCUCCGGAGCGUCUGUUUCCAGAUCUGCGCUGCGUUCAGUUUGCUGCCGCUCCCCCCGCUAACAGCACACGUGCACGAGGACCUGGUGAGGUUCUUCCAUGGCCUUCUAGCUGAGGUGUCGGAGCGAGGACACACACUUCUUAUCAUACUAGACGCCCUCGACCAACUUUCGUACGCCACCCACAGUCAGAAACUCCACUGGCUUCCCAAAGACAUCCCCUGCAAUGUCCAUUUGGUGGUGUCCACCACGGAUACAGGCUCUUCGGUUUUGGCUAAACUUCGGUGAAUGGGCAAGGUGCCAGGAGAUUUAUUUGAGGUAGAACCCCUAUCAUGCGACCAGGGUAAAGAGAUCAUGGACGUCUACAUGAGGGAAGCGCAACGAAGCCUGACUCCAGAACAGUGUGAAGUGGCAAUGCAUAGCUUUCAGCUGAGUGGGAAUCCUCUGCAUCUGAAGCUAGUGCUGGACAUGGCCAGGCGACGGGAGUCCUAUACCUCCGUGACUGGCCUGUCGCUGAGCAGCAGUGCACAGGAAAUUAUGUCACACAUGCUCCAGGCCCUGGAGGAGAGGCACAGGAAGAAACUGGUUGGUGGUGCCUUGGGAUACAUCGUUUCAGCUAGGUGAGGAGUUUGUACACACACACACACACAUGCACACCCACACACCUGGUGCAUUAACCAACGAUACAACAUUGAUAGUCCAAUCAAUAGACGAUUGGAAUAUAAAGCCAGAGUCAUACUUUGAUCUACAGACAAUCUAUAUCACAAAUUCCCUGAUCGAAAGUUGCCUUAUUUUCCCCCUCGUCACAGGAUCAUAAAUCGGGGUUAUAGAAAUGGUAAUCCAUCCUUAUAUUUAUAAUAAUUUAUUUUCCAAAUUAUUAUUACUCAUUCUGUUCUCCAGGGGUAAUAUAUCAGAGGUGGAGCUGUGUGAUAUCUUGUCCCUUGAUAACAAUGUUCUGACUGAGGUCUAGCAGUACUGGCUCCCCCCCAACCUCUCCCACAUACGACUCCCCAAUCUACUGUGGGCGUGCCUCAGGCACAACUUGGGAGAACCCCUCAUGGAGGGACAGGCCAAUGGCAUCAUGGUGCUCGACUUCCACCGCAGGUAAAGAUCCUCAACAAAUAUCUCAGCUAAAUUCUGGUCUAGGGGCUUGUGUCCUCUGG